UCUUACCUACAUUUUUCAUCGCCAAAUAUGGCACAACUAAACAGCCAUGGAUGAUGGUGGUGGGAAGUCAUGAUUAACAGCAACAAAGACGAGUUUACUCUAUCAAUACUUGUCACCAGUGCAGCAGUCAUGUUGGCUGUUUUAUGGUACAAGUUUACAAAUUCGAGCACCAAACCUCCACUGCCACCUGGUCCCCGAUCCUUGCCGAUUGUUGGGUACCUCCCAUUUCUUGGUCCUAACUUGCACACUCAAUUUACCAACAUGGCUCACAAAUACGGUCCCAUCUUCAAGUUCCAUCUCGGAAGCAAGCUUCAUGUCAUCAUAAACUCCUUAGAGUUAGCAAAAGCAGUGGUUCGUGACCACGAUGAGAUCUUCGCUAACCGCAGCCUAACAGUCGCUGCAUCGGUAAUAACAUACGGAGGCCAAGAUUUCGUAUGGUCCGACAACAACUCGAACUGGCAUAACCUUCGUAGGAUAUUUGUCCAUGAGGCCAUAAAUAACAAGAAUCUUGAAGCAUGUAGUUAUUUCAGAAGGGAUGAAAUUAGAAACACUAUCAAGAAUGUGUUUAGUAAAAUCGGUACACCAAUCGACAUUAGCGACAUUGCUUUCGUGACUCAGACAAACGUCAUAACUAGUUUGAUUUGCGGAAACACAUCAGAUAGCCAUCUUGGAUCAGAGUUGCAGAUGGUGGCUUGGAACAUUGUUGAGAUUUACGGACGACCGGAUUUAUCUGAUUUCUUCCCUAUUCUUGCGAGGUUUGAUCUACAACGUGUUGAGAGGGACAUGAAGAAACAACUUCAUAGAUUGGAUCGAAUUAUAGAAACCAUGAUUCAAAAUCGAAUCAAAGCGAACUCAGAAAUGUCACAUGAAGAAGUUGGUGAUCAUGGGAUGAUGAAAGAUUUUCUGCAGAUCUUAUUAGAUCUCAGGAACCAAGAAGAUGUAAAUUCUCUUAACAUCACUAACAUGAGGAAGGCCUUUCUUCAGUGUUAUAAUACACUUCUCAAACAAUCUUGACCCAUCGGGAAGGGCUGCACUCGGGGUCCAUAAUGCUGAAUACAAGAAGAACUCGGGAUCGAUUAGUUCGGAAAACUUAGCAACAAGCAUCGUUGAAAACAUGCCGCGAAUGAUGGUUAUUACAGGUCCUGAGCUCGUGAUUCGGAGUUAACGGUUUAUCGUGAAUAAAUUAGAUGAGUCGCAACGUGUUUUUAUUAUGUGUUGGUUGUAAUUUGUGUGUGAUAGCAACUUUAUGUAUAGCUUGGUUUCUUGGAUAAUGUUGUUUUUCUAGUUGGUUAUGUGCAUUAUAAUCUGCAAAUAAAUAAAUAAUGUUGUGAAGGAUUA